UCCAUAAAUCAUAUGAGAGGAAGUGAAAGACAAAACGCGUUUAACUUCUGAAAACCUUUGGGGCGUUGAGAGCUUUAGUAAACCAGUAUAAGGCCAUAAUUUAAUAAAAUGCCUUUAUUGUGUGGCGGGACCUCUGAGGCGAAGGAUGCAGAUGAUAAAAUUCAGGAACUCUGUGACAAAGUGAAGCUUCAAGCAGAGGCGAAGGCAGGCAAAGCAUUUGAUGUUUUCAGCGCAAAAUCUUACAAGACACAGAUAGUAGCUGGGACUAAUUAUUUUAUCAAGGUCCAUGUAGGGGGUGAAGAGUACAUUCACCUGCGUGUUUUUGAGAUGCUGCCUCACGCAGGAAGUACCCUACACGUGCACGGUGUGCAGACACCAAAAGCCCACCAUGACCCUAUUGAAUACUUCUGAACAUAUUCACUUUGCCACCAUAUGGCAUACUCUGGAUACAUUACAACUGUUUACAGUCCAAAUGAUUAAUGUGUGAGGGGUGAAAAUCCAUCCAAUAAAAUACAGAUGACAUCAGAAAAAUGA